CGCAUCCUGGCAGCUCGCGGCGGAUUAUUACAACUCGUCUAGUGUCCACGCCAACCACCACUACGCCGGACGCACCUCUUCACACUCAGCAGACCCACUGCCCUCGUGCAUCACGCUGAGGUCAUCCCCCCCUGGAAGGAGGUGACAGGAGGAGCAAUGUGGAAGACACGCGUGGUAUUCGUCACUGUUUUCACCUGCGUCUUCCUGACCAGCCAUGCUUCUGAAAUCGAGAGCACAACAAGUAGAAGAGACAACCAUGAAGAUAACGGAGAUAUUAACCAAGUUAGACUUCCUGGCGUGUGAUUAUGACACAAAAUUCAGUAACUGGCAAGACGCAAAGUUAAACAGGCUAGCCAUGAAAAUUUCGGCACACCCUUACACCAAUACGACUUUCCAAAUACGAGAAAAGACCACUGGCAAAAUAAUAGCAACAAAUUCUACAGAACCUGAAGUUAGGGUGAGAAGUCUUCAGUGUGAUUCCAGAAGAUGCACAGCUACCGUGGAAAACAAUUGCGUUAAAUAUAAUGGUUACAAUAUGAAAAUGCAAUUCAUUCUGAAGCCAUCGAGUAAGAAAUUCAAGAGUCCCCUCGUUAAAUACGGUGCCGUCAAUUCUGAGGGAAGAGCAACGAUAGCAUUAAAAGAUCUGCUGCCCUUUACGAACUACACCGUAACCGCCAACCCUGCCAACGACGUGGGCGCCGCCACCGACCCCUCCCUCACCAAGGAAACCUCCUUCAUCGCAAUUUCCCAAUGCUAUUGGAAUCCAAGGACUAGGGCAGAGAUCGACGCAAAAACAACCCUACGCUUCACUUGGAACGGACUUCGCAGUAACAAUGGCAACCCUGGUUACUACACACUCACAUUCUUGGAUGGGAGGAGACAAGAGCACUGUGAAAAAUAUCACCGAUACUGAAAAUCGAAGUAUGUCAAAGGUCUUACCCACUGACGCACAAACGCAAACUCCUCGCGUGAUUACAGAAUCACAUUGUGAAACGUUUCGGCGUCUCAGCUCGACUCUUACUAGGCGUGACUGGCGAUUGCUAAAGUGAUUUUGAUUCUAAUGAUAGUCUAACAAGAAUUUUGUACUACUGAUGAACAAAAGAUCCAUGAAAACCCGGCGCAUUAUCUCUAUGGCUUUUGAAAACAGUCUUUAUGAGAAACCAAACGCAUUUCUGAAAAGGGACCUUGACAUGCCUGGCGGUGCAAGAUCUACAGGCUAAAGAUCUGUGUUCAGAAACGCUUUGCUCUCUCACCACGACUAUUCUCAAAAGUCACAGAGAUGAUUUGCUUGAUUCAAAAGAGAGAGAGAGAAUAAAUAAAUAGAUAAAAAUCGGCCUUAAAAACUCACGUAACUUCACCUAUAUACAGCCUUUUGAAUGUAGCGGAGGUGUGGCGCAGAAGUGUUUCAUAAAUAUUGCCCUUAACUUCAUCUCUUCUCCCGCCGCAGUUUGCUCACCUGACUCCAGGCAAAAAGUACACGUUAGAAGUGAAGGAGUGCUUUACAACAGUGCACUGUGACAUACUGACGACACUUGAAGAAUGGACGGAACCAGAGAAGCCACGAGUGCUGGAAAAGACAGAACUCCAGACAACAACAGACACCACCAUCACCAUCCAGCUGCCCGUCCUGCAGAACCCUCCAGGUGACUGGUUACUGGUGGCAGAAUGCACUGGAUAUUGCUGAGGAAAUACAGCGGCGGCGACGACGAACAUCACACAAGGAAGCAAGAUACUGAGAAGAAAGCACUGGUAACGGUUCGCACGGAAAGGGCGAAGGAAAGGAA